UCAAACGAAAACCCUUUGACGCCAUGUUGCAUCUGAUUUCUGCCAUCAUUUGACAAAAAACGCCAACAGAAGGACGAAAACGGCUGAGGAAGAACAAGAACAAGGGAUACCACUCCAAGAAAGCGACCUAUAGGCGACAUAAUACGCAACGAACGGGUGGAAAGAAGAAAAAUCGAUUAUCAUGCGGCUUUCGACGUAUAUGCUCUUUGCCGUCAUGGCAACCAUCCUGACUUUCUCCCACGCUUCUUAUUACGAAGACAACGACGCUCUGUUCCGAGAAAUGCUGGCGGAAAUGGAAGAAAAUGAAAGAGAAAAACAGUAUGGAGUUGAUGGCAGCUACGAUCCUUACGCAGCCUUCGAAGACGGAGACAAAUACGACGAUAGUUAUGGCCCAUUCGCUGAGGCCAACCUUAACCCGACAGUGUUGUACAACCCAGGGAUUGAGAAACCUGACAGCAAUGAUGAGUUAGCCGGAGAUGACCCGCGCAGCGCUGAUAUACGUGAUCAAGAAAAAGAAAACCAGAAUAUGCUUUGGGGAUAUCAAUACGUUUCAGGUGGUGCGGGAGAGGGAAAGCAGCACUUGGUGGGUAACAUUGAUAACUCGAUGAAGCAGGAAGUAAAGACAGACGCAGCUUUACCUGCAUAUUGCAACCCCCCAAACCCAUGCCCCAAAGGAAAGACAGCUGCAAAGGACAACUGCCAAGAAAACAUUCCCGAUACAGCCGCGUUUAACCAGCGUUAUAACAACUGGCAACAAAAGAGCGGGGCAUGCAAAUGCGACAACGAGCACAUGUUUAACUGCCCGGACGGCGCCACCGUCAGCAGCAAGAAGGCUUAUGGUGAUGACUAUGGCAGUGACGAGCUGGACAACUUGGUAAAAUCCUUGUUGGGUGAGAAUACAAAGACAAGGGACGAGGAGAGCAACCCGUUCAGCCAGGGCUCAAAGCGUGACUCACUGGUUCCCAAAAAGCAUCUGCAUAAGAGAGAGGCUGAGAAAGUAAUGAAAGACCCCAUCAAGUUGCCAAACCCCAACAUGAUUUUAACUGACAACAGUAACCUGAGAAUUGUAGCCAAGAAAUCGCCUCCAUUAUAUUAAUUGAUAUAGAAAGAUGAAGGUGAAAUUUGUCAAAUGUUGUUAUGUUAUAUCUAUCUUUAUGGAAAAUCUACUUAAUUGAUGUUAAAAUGGAGCAAACAGUAAAUGACCAUUUGACAACGCUAAUUACAAGAUCCUUCUCUAUGAUCCUUUGAGAUGCUACAGCAAGUUACAAAAAGUAAAUUGUCACAAAUGCAUUUGAUUUUUCAUGUUGACAUAUCUAUGUAAUUUCAACAAACUGAAAAGGAAUUCAUCUAACGUUGAACAGUAGAUAACAGUGACAGUUUUGAACAAUGUUUACAACAUAAUAAAACAUUCCCUGUAAAGAAAAUAAAAGAAUGGUUUAUAUGAUUUUUAGAAGCAGUGGGCUCUGAUUGUGAGUUACUUCUUCAUUCAGAUAUAAAUGAUCAAAUAAUAAGCAAACAGCAAAGCUGGCGCAAACGCAGUUAACAGGCUGUAAAGAUCAUCUGAUUGAUUUUUAACUUGACCUUCCAUCUUUAUCAAAUCAGUGACCUAAAUAGGCCAUUGAUCAAGCAAAACCUCUCAUCAAAUUUGCAGUUAAACAAAAUUAUAUGGUUUGGCAGUUAGAGAAUGAAGGAGAAUGUAUUAGACACUGUUAACCAGUAUAUAUGCAGAUACUUGAAGUUUGUAUAUGAAAUGUAAACCUUUAAAAAUACUCAAGCAAUAAAGUAUAGGCUGCUUGUAAAGAAAACUUGAAUGACUUUAGCAGUUUAAUUUUUCACCUGAUUAAUACAUAUUUGUCCCAAUAAAUUUCAACUUUAUGGAUAGUUUUUGGCACAUUUAUAACUGUUGUGACUUAAGUUGUACAGUAAGAUUUUGUCAGAAUGAACUUGAAGACAGUAAUAUCUCUAUAAGAAAUGUUCUCUGAAGGUGAGUAACUGUUGGGGUUGUUGUUUUAAAUAUUUCUUUAUCUGUGUAGUAUAUAUUAGUAUGUUGGAAAAAAAAACACUUGACAAAACACCCCAUUUUAUUACUAUUCUGUGCACAUAAACUAGCUUGAGCACAUUGUAUUAUUGAAUCAUAAGUGUUUAUUUAUUUUCUACUGACUUGUACCAACCAACCCACCCUUGAUGUGGAGUUGUCAUUUAUUUAACUGGAGCUUUAUCACUAUGACAGAAGUGUGCUGGGUAAAAUACUGCUAAGUCAAUUCAAAUAGGACAGUGAUCAAACUUCAAAUGUUUUUCCUUUUUCAUUAAUCGUUUUUGGUAUUCUAAAAUUGUUCUCAAUGACAAGAACUCACCUUAUUUUUUGGAACUUAACUUUAGAUUUACCACUUUUAAGUAUUAUUAGAAAUUUAGUUAUUACAAUUAUUAGUAAUUUUGUUUGAAUAUAGUGAUUAAAUAUUGUAAGCAAGGAAUCAAAUAAUAAAAUGUUUUGUUUGAAUAUAAUGAUUCAUUAUUGUAAACUGAUAACAUUAGCCCAAUAAAUUCGUAUAAUCCAUGAUAAUAGAUCAAUGUGCCAAAUGCAGAACAAAUUUUUUUCUUCAAUCAUUCACUUUCUGAUAUCAUCUUAGAAACUAAGUAAACACUGUAGCAUUUCCAGAAAAGGAAGGGCAGUGGUUCUGUUUAUUAGAUACGAAGUGAUUAAUACUUUUCAAAUUUUCUUGCUGCUACACUGUGGGUUAUCUUGCCUUCCUUAAGUUCAUUCAAAAACCUGUCACUUUUUUUGACUCUAGGAACAAUCUUGGGAUUAAUAUAUGACUCAUUGUUCCAGAGAUCGAGUAUUGUGAUAUCUUUGAUAAUUAUGAACAUUUAUAUCUGUAGUAUGGAAAAGAAACACUGAAUUAUAUUUUCAAAAUGGCAUUAUGAUUAAGUAAUUCAAUUUCUUCAUUUUUAGAAACAGCUGUCUUGUAAAAUUUAAUUAUUGUAUUUUUGAUGAUUCAAAAAUAAA